AUGUGUUGGCAAAUCAUCCCAACCCUGCUUGUGCUGAUGGGCUUCCUUCAGGUGGCAGCUGCCCAUUGCAUGGUGCAUCCAGUUCCUGCCAGGAAUUUCACUCUGCCCUGUGUGCUGCUCAACGAGACCUUCCUGAGCCCUUUCUCAGCUGGGAGCUGGGCUGGACUCAGGAGAGAACUUGGAGCAUCCCAAAUCAAACCUUUAAUGAGUGAAGAAAGUUUUCUGUGUUGCCUUUGGAGUGCCAGCAACAUUGAUUGUUCUUUGUACACAGCAAGCAUGCAGGCAAGGAAGUUUAUUCCUUCAGAAAUAAAUCUCUCUGCUCCUCAGCAAAUAGAUUGGAGUGUGGAAUGCUGGAUUAGAGGCAAGCUGGACCUGUUGGUUUGUAACCUGCAGCUUUUGAGGCUGGACCUGAGGACUGACCUCAAGGUGAACCUUUUAUACUCUGAGUCGGAGCCGUCCCUGGGUGCUGCCUCCACGGGCUCCCUGCAGGGCAGGGUGUGGGUGGCCCCGUGUGGCUGCGGGGGCCAGGCCACCUGUGAGUGCCUGGUGGCCUCCCCCAGCCUCAACCACUCCUACCUGCUGUGGCUGGAGGGGGUGGCGGGUGCCACCGCCCUGGGGUCCCCGCCCAUGUCCCUGCGGCCCGCGGACCUCGUGAGGCCCGAAGCCCCCGUGCAGCUGCACCUGGAGCUGGCUGAGCGGGGCCAGGUGAGGCUGUGCUGGUCCAGCCCUGCUGUGCUGCCCUUCCCUCUGCAGCACCAAGUGAGGAUCUCUGCUCCUCCGGGACACGGGGACAGCCAGGUGAGGGGCUCUCAGGUGCUCCAGGUGGCUCUGGACAGCUCCGUGGCCAUUGACAGCGCCCUGCUCGACUGCCCCUGCUCAGUGCAAGUGAGGAGCAGGAAUCUCCAUGGCCCAGGCUUCUGGAGUGACUGGAGCUCCCCCUACAACCUCACCUCGGGAGCUCAAGUCCUGUACUUCCCUCCCAAGACCCUGACCAGUGCUGGCUCCAACAUUUCCUUUCUGUGCAUCUAUAAAAACCACACGCAGCCCGUAGAGGCCCGGGAGGUGGUUUGGUGGCUGAAUUUAGCAGAGGAAAUCCCAGCCAGCCAAUAUUCCCUUGUCAACAACCGUGUAAGCAAAGUUACUCUUUUCAACUUGAAAGCAACCCAGCCUAGAGGAAGUUUCUUCUAUAACGCUUUGUACUGUUGUCACCAAAGUAGGGAAUGUCACCAUAGAUACGCUGAAUUCUAUGUAGUAGACAUGGAUUUUAAUAUCUCCUGUCAGACUGAUGGAUACUUGACCAAAAUGACUUGCAGGUGGUCUGCAAAUCCAACCACCUUGCUCCUGGGGAGUUUGCAGUUAAGAUAUUACAGGAGCCAAAUUUAUUGCUCUGACUUUCCAAGCCCCCCUCCAAGCUCGGAGGUGAAGGAAUGCCGUUUGCAGAGGAAUCAUUCCUACGAGUGCACCUUCCAGCCCAUUUUCCUUUUGUCUGGAUACACCCUGUGGAUCGAAUUCCAGCAUUUCCUGGGAACGCUGCAAUCCUCCCCAACUUGUGUCAUUCCAGCAGAUGUGGUGAAGCCUCUCCCGCCCUCCAGCGUGGGAGCAGAGCUCAGCAGGAGCGCGGGGCUGCUGAACGUGAGCUGGAGCCGGCCCGUGUUUGCCAGCAGGGACCUGACAUUCCAGAUCCGCUGGAAAUCAGGGAAUGGGCAGGACAUUCCCUGGCAGCUGUACUCGGUGCCGGAGGCGGCGGGCGGCGGGGCGGCGCUGGCCGUGCCGCAGCUCUGCGUGCCCUACCUGGUGCAGGUGCGCUGCAGGGAGCGCCGGGGUUCCGCCUUCUGGAGCGACUGGAGCGGCACAGCCCGAACCCUGGUGCGGGACAUCCGAGCUCCCUUGCAAGGCCCGGAAUUUUGGAGAGUCGUUUCUGAGGAUCCGGCGAGGAAGCAGAGGAAUGUCACGCUGCUGUGGAAGCCUCUGACGGAGAAUCAGGCAUUGUGCAGCGUGAGCAGAUACAUCAUAAAGCACCAGAGCCCAGGGAAGAGCUCCUGGGAGGAAUCUGUGGAUGGUGGCACCAGCUGGACCUUCCCCUGGACUGAGCCGAGCCACACCGUCACCGUCCUAGCCAUGAAUUCAGUUGGGAUUUCUGCCUUUAAUUCCAAUUUAACUCUAUCCCAGCAAAUGAGCACAGUGGAUGCUGUGCAGUCCCUGAGUGCUUACCUGGUGAACAGCACCUGUGUGGUCGUGGUUUGGAGCCUCUGCCCCCAAAUCCCUGGGAUAAAAUCCUUUGUGAUUGAGUGGAAGAACCUGAACAAAGAGGAGCAGAUGAAAUGGCUGCGAGUUCCUCCAGACCGCAGGAAAUAUUUUAUUUAUGAUCACUUUCUCCUGAUUGACAAGUACCACUUCAGCCUCUACCCUGUGUUUGCUGCAGGAGUUGGCAAAGCCAGAGCCACGGAUCAGUUUGCCAAAGGGGGAUUUGAACCUGGGAGCAGUGGCAGCCUCCACAUGGUUCUGCCAAUUGUUUUUUCCACCUCAGUUCUGCUGCUGGGAGUGUUGCUGGUUUCACACCAAAGGGUGAAGAAGCUGCUGUGGGAGGAAGUUCCCAACCCCAAGAACUGCUCGUGGGCACAGGGAGUUGAUUUCCAGCAGCCUGAAGCUCUGGAACAUCUCUUUGCCAAGCACCCCGAGCUGACGCCGUGCGAGCCGCUCCUCCCGGAGGCAGAGCUGGUGCUGGAGGACAUCAGCAUCACCAAAACCAUGGAGAAAGAGGAGCCGGGGGAUUUUUUAGGAAUUGAAUCCACGUUUCCACCCCCCCAGGACUCGGGAUGUGACUCCAGCAUGCCCUUCCAGAGCAGCAGCUCCUCCAGGAGCUCCCGGGACGGGGAGGGCUCGGCUCAGGGUGACCUCAAGUACGCCACGGUCAUCAGCAAUCCCCGCUGCAGCGGGCUGUGCCGGCGGAACCGCAGCCCACGGGGCUGCCUGGAGAGCUGCAGCCCAGGGGAGGGCUCCAUCCUCUCAGAGGCCUUCUCCAGGAGUGCCUGGGUCGGGAACGGGGCGCUCCUGGUGUUCCCUGGCUCCCAGCCCGGCAGGGCUCUGUCCCUGGUUUCCUCGGAGGGGUUCUCGGAGCCUUUGGAUGAAGCUUUCCCAGGCAGCGCCGAGAGGAGCCUGUGUUACCUGGGGAUAACAGCCCUGGAAAAGGGACACAGGGAUGUUUUCCUGCCAGACAGCUCCAGGGGGCCGUGUCAGCUCCACAGCACGGAUCUGCUCACGGAGAGGGGACACAUCCCAACAAAUGUCAGGGAGUUUAUCCACAGCAGCCUCAAGCCUAAAGCCACCGUUCCCUAUGUCCCACAGUUCCGGGUGCCUACAGCCAAAGGGCAGGAGGCCACGGAGAAAAAGUGACAUAAUCACCCCCAAAUUCGGUAUUCCUGAAGUUUGUCCAGGUGUUGAUGCAUUCCCCCCUUUUCCCUCCCUUGAUUUAUCCAGCUUGUUCUGGGUUUGGGCUUCACUGGAGCGCCCAAGGGUGAGAGAGCUGAUCCUGGAAUAUUUCUGUGGGAGAAAAGCUGGAAUGUGCCAUUUCCCUGGAAUGAUCUGUGCCAUGCAGCCUGGAUGUGGUGGAAGGAAUGGAUCAAGGAUCAAGGAUCAAGGAUCAAGGAAAGGUUCAGGGUACUGCAGGAAGAGGAAGAGAAUCCAGAUUCCUGGGCCUCCAUUAAUUGGAUAAAAUGAUGUAUUUAAAGUAAAGUGUCCACAUUUUAUUGUGGAACACAAGAUUCCAAGUGGUGCAGUUUUACACCGACAUCUCUUCCCAAGCUCUUUCCUGAGAUUCCAUGGGAGAAAAGACAGCAAUUUGAUCCAAGGACCCUGCAUUUUUGAUUUUGGGGGAUCCAACCUGUCUGUGUGGCCUUGGAGAAGUCACUUUGCCUCUACAACCCUGCCAGGAAGCCUCGGGUGGGAGUAAAUCAGGUCUGGAUUUUCUGGGAGAAGCAGGGAAACAAACCCACACCUAUUUGCAAGCCAAAGCUAUUUUUCCUUUUUAUUUCAUAGUUCAUAAAUAUUUUUCUACACCUGCCAUUUCAGAGAGCUAUUUUGAGGAGUGAAGGAGGAUGAAUUUAUUGUGUAUUCCAAAGAAUAAAUUUCUGUCAAACUUCAGAGAGACAAAAGUAAAAGGGCAAAACUGAUGUUAAAAACCAAAGCAAGGGUGAAUUUAAACCCAGCUUAACACAAAACCCCACUGCUGGUUUUUGUUAAGCUGCUGGCCUGGCUCUUGUGGGGCUGUUUAAUGCUGGAUGUGACACAGAUCUGAUGUUCUGGUUUCCAAAAUGUUGUGUGGGGUGAGGAAU